UUUCAGUUGUUGACAUCAAUGUCCAUUUACCAUCGUCGUUGGCUGGGAAUAGCGUGUAUAAUACUAUAAGAAACUUGGAUAAGAACAACCUUGUGUCGUUGUGUGCGUGUGAAACCUUGAAGCCUAAGCAAUGGCAGAAGGCACGCCAGCGAGUGGCAACGUCGGGCCCUGCGCUGAGGCAGCUACGAAGCAUUCAGCUGAGAGCGGCCCCCCCUGCGUUCUUUUAGGCAAUGCGCGAAUGGUUGUUGCAAGUAGAAGCUUUAAAAGCAAGUUAAAAAGAUUCUGGCAGGAGCAUUCUGAGGGCUUCACGCAAAUGUGGACAGGCCUAAGUUUCAGCGCAAAAAGAGACUAUCUGGAAGCAAUUGUAGAGUACCUGCCUGGAAGCAGGACUGACAAGCCAAAUGGGCAGGCGAAGGACUUUGGCAUCCUACUGUUGCCGGAAGUAAACGUCGAGGACCUGGUGUCAAAUGGGGAGGGGUCAUUGAUCGCUCUUUACGAAAAGUGGAUACACAGCGAGCUAGAAGAUGACGUGCAGCAUGCCAGACUGAUGGCUGAGAACUUGCUGACGACCAACAACUCCUUCAAACCGAACCCAGACGAGUUUGUCGUGCUGGCGGAUUUCGAGGGUGUUUGGGAGACUGGACAAUGUGUCACUUGGAAGGACGGAUGGCUUCGGGAAAUUAUAGAGGCGUUUGCGGCGAAAGGAUUUGCUCUGCGAGCAGAUGUUUACGAGCUUGCCAACACACGCGUCUACAUGUUACUACUGGACUUAGCGUACUGGGCUGACACUCACACGAAGAAAGUGCUCAAGUCGCCAAGCUUCCUUGUGGCGUCCGUGCUGAAAAAUUGUGCCAAUUGCGGCCAGACAGAGAGCGAGGAAAAAACAGAGCGGCGACAUUGCCGUGCAACAGUGUACGGUUCAAGUACUGUAGCAGGGACUGCCAGGCAACGGCCUGGAAAGCGGGGCAUAAGCGGGAGUGUCGAGUGGGGGCAUCGGGGUCCAAAAGCAGUUCAUGAAAAGGAACUGGCAAAAGCACACUAG